ACCCAAGAUCAUUUGAAUUUAUUUGACUCGGUCAGUUGAAACAAUGGCGUUUGUAUUUCCUAAACUAUGGGCGGAAAACUGUACAUUUUUAUUGCGAGCUACUCAAGCUCAUCUGAAAAAGUACGGGCCUCUAAUCAACUGGAAAGAAAAUGCGUGCAUAAUGGAAUGCGGAUUCGGAACUGGGCAUAGUUCGCAGCAAACGUUGGGCGCUAUCCUUCCAAAGGAUUACAAGGAAUUUGUCGCGACUGAUAUAUCUCCGGAUAUGGUGGAAUAUGCCAAAAAGAACGUCAAUAUACCCAGGGCAAAGUUUUUACAGCUCGAUGUUGGUGCAAAGCAUGUGCCUGUCGAUUUUGAAGAGAGAUUUGAUCAUAUUUUUGGAAUGUCUCUAAUGCAUCUUGUGGAUAGUCCAAGACAAGGAUUUAAAAACAUCCAGAAAAUGUUAAAACCUGGCGGAUCAGUUUUUCUCACGUUUUUCAAACAUACACCAGUUGACUAUUUAUUUCACAAAAUGAGACAUCAUCCGAAAUGGAGAAAAUAUAACCAAGAACGAAUGGUUUCUACUUACUACUACGCAGAAAGUCCGAGAGAAGAGUACAGAAAGGAUAUCGAAGCAGCAGGAUUCAAGGAUUACAUUUAUACAGUUGAGAAAGGGUCGUAUAAGUUUCCGAAUGAAAAAGAAAGUGAAGAUGUAAAUCUUGCUGCAAAUAUGACCCUUAAAGAUAUACCUGAGAAAGAAUUGGAGGAAUAUACAAAAUUGUAUCAAGAUCUAAGGAAAGAAGACCCAAUGUAUCGUUUUGAGCUUGUUAACGGAAAGAAAAUUAUCACUAUGGACCAUGAGAUGAAUAUAUUUAUGGCAAUAAAAGAAUAACAACC